AUGGACCACGGAGGGCAUGGAGGGCACGACAUGUCUAUGACACCCGCGAGGUGUAAGAUGAACAUGCUCUGGAACACAGACAUCAUCGACACCUGCGUCGUCUUCAGGAGCUGGCACAUUCACUCAAACGCCCAAUUCGUAGGGUCCUUCCUCGCCAUCGUCGCUCUCGGUGUUUUGUACGAGUACCUUCGCGUCUUCCAGCGCAAGCUCGACUACCACAUCGCAGUCUCGGUUCAGAAGGGGAAGGGCAGAGACAAUAGUCGUGAUAGGAGUGGGAGAAACAGUCCUGAAGGUAAUUAUGAGGAGGCAGGCUUGCUGAGUGGUCGCAGAUUGCUGAGCACUGCGCUUACAGGUACUCCUGUGCCCGCUGCAUCCCGCGCUCUAAGGGCGGUUGUGUAUGGAACCACCGUCUUUCUCUCGUUCUUCCUCAUGCUGGUCUUCAUGACCUAUAAUGCCUACCUCAUCGCUGCUGUCGUCACUGGUGCUGCCCUUGGCCAUUACAUCUUUGGCGCUACUAUCAAUGCCGAUGCCAUACUGGCCGACACGACGGGAGGGAAAGGCAUGGCCUGUCACUGA